GGAGAUGGCGUUUUAUUAUAUUUCUCGUUUGGUUCCUCUUAACUACCAAGUCCAAAACCCUAAAAACCCCCGUUGUGAGAGAAAAAACUGUCAAUGGCCUGUAAUGGCACCGGAUGUGAAUCGGGUUGCUAUAAAGACAGCACCGGGGAUGAAGUGGAAAAAUCAUCCACGGAGAAGUUAAAUGGUGAUGUCAAUGGCGAUGGUAAUCACCAUCGCCACCAGACGACGUGUCUCAAGUGUAAGGCAGCCGAAGCCACAGUCUUCACCGGCGGGGAAGGUGGUAGCAGAUUCUGUGCUGAUUGCUUCCGUAGUAACCUUUAUGGAAAGUUUAAGCUUGCUGUCACUUCCCAUGCCAUGAUUUCGCCCACUGAUAAAGUUCUCGUGGCCUUCUCCGGUGGUCCUUCAUCCAGGGUUGCUCUUCAAUUUGUUUCUGAGAUGCAACUCAAAUCCCAGACAAACUUUGAUGCAACUGCAAUUAGAGACAGAUCUUUACCUGUAUUUGGUGUUGGAGUAGCUUUCAUCGAUGAAACUGAAAUCCAUCCCAUCACUUGUACUGAUUUCAAUAAAGCCAUUGAAGACAUUAAAGAAAUUGUAUCAAAUUUAUCUCCACCCAAAAAAGAAUUGCACAUAGUCCCAAUCAGAAACAUCUAUUCAACAAAAACCAGUGAUGGAAGUGAGACACUGAAGAAUCUAAUAAACACUGUUAGUGAUGCAACUGGAAAAGAAGACCUUCUUUCACACCUACGUAUGUUGUCCUUACAAAAGAUUGCUAUUGAAAAUGGAUACACCAAACUUGUGUUGGGCUCAUGCACAUCCAGGAUAGCUUGCCAUGUACUUGCAGCCACAGUCAAGGGGCAAGGGUACUCAUUAGCAGCUGAUAUACAAUAUGCUGAUGCAAGAUGGGAAAUUCCAGUAGUUCUUCCCCUACGUGAUUGUCUCAUUCAAGAACUCAACAUACUUUGCAGUCUUGAUAGUUUGAAGAUUGUGGAGGAAUUUAAAGACUCUCGUGGUGGCAUCAAUGGUUUGGUUUCAUCUUUUGUGAAACUCUUGCAGGAAGAAAAUCCUUCUCGGGAAUGCACAAUUGUAAGGACUGCUGGAAAGCUGACUCCAUUUCCAUUCAACAAGAUUCCGGAGACAAACACCGAUUCCAAUGAUGUUAACUUGGCAUCUCAAAGGCGACAUAAGAAGUUUAAUUUAAAGCCGAUUGAAUCGCUUCCUCCAGACUCAUUCUGCCCUAUUUGCAAUAGCCCAAUCACCGACUUACAAAGCAUGAAUUCUUUUCGUAAUUCCCAAACUACCCCUGAACUUUUUGGUGCUGCUUGCUGCUCUAGUUGCCAAUAUCAGAUACUUCCUGAGGAACUUUCGUCAAUGGAGGAGUUCUAUUCGUUUUUACCUGAAUCUGUCAUCGAUCGAGCAAAAAAUGGGAACCAAAAAUGGAUAAGGGAAAAGAUACAAGAUUGUUUGAUUUUAGACGAUGAAGAUGAAGUUUGAGGUUCUAAAUGUAGUAAGUUGCUGAAACUGCUUAUUUAAAAAAGGACAAAAGAAAGAGAUAGAGAUAAUAGUUUAAUGAGAAUUUUGGAAGUGUUGAUAAACUUAAAAUGAAAUUUGUUUGGUUUUUGUUGCUUUGGGAUCACAGGAGGACCAUUUUUUGUUACAUUCUUAUGAAAGGUAUUUUUGUCUUGGAGUGAAUUGUGAUAAUGAGAUAUAUCCAAACUGCCAAAAUAAACAUUCAGGAUAGAUGUAGAUGGAUUGCUAAAUCACACAUGUACAACAUCUUUAUGUUUCAUAUACUAUUAUUAUUAUUAUGGACUACAUUACAAACUUAACAACUAUUUGGGGAAGAUUUCAAAAAAUGGAGCAAAUUUGCAAUUUGAGUAAAGUACAAGGACCCAAUUUGUAGUUUACUCUAUAUAUUAUGGGAAGGUAGUUUGCCUGUAACAGAAGCGAGUUCUUAAAUCAGUUUAUAUCUUAGUUAGAGUACAUGCUUUCAAAAUUAAUAUUUAAAGGCUUCUAAGUUUAUAUUACUCAAAUUAUUGGUAUGAUCAUUAAACAAUGACCUACUCGAGUUGAUUUGUAUAUUAAGUUAUCGAGUCUCUUAUAUGAUUAUAAACUUAUAAUAUAUGGGUCCUUUACACAUAGCACAUUGAAACAGUUAUAACAAAUAACUAUUCUCUUUGAAAGUGACAUCUCACCAAUUUGUAUUUUAGGGAAUUUUCUCCUAAAUCCGGCUAGUCAAUUCAAUCAAAUAACCAAUGAUUUAUAAAUUCUUUUCUAUGACAUAUUCGUGUUUUGAUUUUUUUUUUUUUUAA